UUAAAUAUAUCGCAUUUUGCCCUAUGAUCUUACCUCAUGACAAGUCGCGCCAUUUGGGAGCUUGGGCCUCUUGUGGCUUCCCUUACUCUGCAUCGAUGUUCCUCGAGACAGGGGGAGAGGGCAAAAUGCAGACCCAGCACAUUGUGGCGCCUGAGCGCCAACUGUGAGGCUGGUGUGGCCCAAGAUUUCUAUCGCCAAGGCAUGGACAGCCCGACGCAGGUUCUAGAAUGGCACAAAAGAGGUGGCGGCUAUUUUCACCAAGGUUUGUGUGCCGCCCAUCUAGCCGGCAGAGGCUGGGGCCUUUGUGUCAAGGAUGAUGUGCCGGUGAUACCUUCGGGCAGUGUUUUGGUCAAAACUCCCUCGAAGCUACUUUGGAUUGCCCAUGAGUCUCAAUCUGCAGAUGUUGAAGAGCCACUCGCACCGGGAGAGAGCUUGCCUAAAGCUUCAGCAGCAUUGCGAAGACGCUUACUAACAGCUCUGCAGUCCCCCGAUCCCUUUGUUGAGUCGAUGCAUCCCCCGGACACGAUGCCUUUGCGACUUGUCGCUGGCUCAGUCUCAUCAGAUGCACCUGAAGCUGCCAAACGGGCGCUGAAAGGAACAUCUUUGCUCAACCACACCUUGUCCUUAAGAACCAAGCUUUUGAAGGCAGUCCAGCCUGAUCUGGAGAAGGUGAAAGAGAAGGAAGCACAUUGGCAGGCCUGUGUUUGGGCACAGGCAGUGAUAAUGAGCAGAGCUUUCCACGUGCCAAAGGAUAGUGAUCGGCUUGUCUUGAUCCCAAUCGUGGAUAUAGCAAAUCAUGCACCAACAUACAAAUCUGCCAACGCAGAGUUUCGUGAUAACGCUGACGGUAGUAUUUCCAUGGUGGCCAGCCGCGACAUUGCACCCAAGGAAGAAGUGUGCAUAUGCUAUGGUGAGCAUACAAAUGAACAGCUGUUAUUUUGCUACGGCUUUGUCAUUCCGGAGAAUCCAUGCCAAGGAUUACUGUGCCCCUUGCAAUUUCCAGACACCCCACACCGGGGGGAGCUUUUGCACCACAGCCUGUCUGAUCACCGGAGACGGCACGGCCGCAAUCCUGCAGCGAAAGCUGGACCGACCCUCAGACGACCCUCCAAGUUGGAGCCGGGAAGCGCUGAGAUGGUUCUGGGCCUCAAGAUUUUCGGGCUGUCGGAGGAUGAAGCCCAAGAUUUGCUCGCCCUUUCAGUGGCCGAGCAGCACCAGGCUUUGAAGCCUUCUUUCCAAGAGUGGGUCAUGGCGCUAAGCUUCUUCGAGUCUUGGCGUGCAGAGCUUCCGCGGCGAAUCUCUGAACAGGAUCUUGUACCAGGGUCUCAGGCAGCUCGCGAGCUUCAGCAGGAGGCAGAAGAAUUGCUCGACUUGGCAAUGACAGAGGUUGCUGCACAGCUGCCAUUGCCUUUGUAUUUGAGAUAUUAUUGCUUUACACGCCCCUGGCUUCGUCUCCUCCACUUUCUGCGAGCGCAGAAAGCAUCUUUGGAGACUGAUUGAAAGGGGAAAGGUGUAUGCCUCGGUUCAGUUGAAGAGUCACUUUUGGAGGAUUGCUGAGUUCCUCUAUAUCUUCAGCUUUCAACUGAGUUUCGUGAGUUUAUGCCCACAUAUGAUGUCGAUUUUCACAGAAAAACCAGCCGCCUGCCUUUUGGCUUUGACUCAAGCAUUGAGCAAAA